AGCCGUAACAGCCCAACGAGGAGCGUGUAGUCUACUCGUGCUUCGUUUCGUUUACCUCACUCGUGCCGUGCGUUGCGUUGUCCCCCCGGGUCCCGUUUCCUUCGUCGGUCUGCGCUGCGCACCCGCCGGAGAUCUCGCCCGCCGUCCCGCUCCCCCGCGCUCCCAGCGAACCCGUCCGGCUUGCCCCAAUGGAGACCUGCCCGUCGGUGAAGAACAUUCUGUUGCUGGACUCCGAGGGGAAGCGCGUCGCCGUCAAGUACUACACGGAUGACUGGCCCGUACUCUCGGCGAAGCUGGCCUUCGAGAAGUCGGUCUUCGUCAAGACCCAGAAAGCAAGUUCUGGAGCAGAGGCUGAGAUUGUAAUGUUUGAUGGUCAAAUUGUUGUGUAUAAGUUCAUCCAAGACCUGCAUUUUUUUGUUACUGGAGGAGACGAGGACAAUGAACUUAUUUUAGCAUCAGUUCUUCAGGGAUUUGCUGAUGCCAUUGACAUUAUUCUUAGAAAUAAUGUCGACAAAAGAACAGCUCUUGAAAAUCUGGAUCUAAUCCUAUUAUGCCUUGAUGAAAUUGUUGAUGGAGGGAUUGUCCUAGAAACAGAAGGGAGUGUGAUAGCUGAAAAGGUACUAGCUCAUGGAGCAGAGGGUGCCACAUCAAUCGCCGAGCAGACUAUAGUUCAGGCCCUAACAACAGCAAGAGAGCACUUUGCCAAAUCUCUGCUAAUGUGACGUGUCCCUUUCUCGUGGACGAAGAUGGCAUUGGACCAAUGUGUUCAUUUCAUUGUCAAAGGAGAAAUGAGGGGAAAUGUCCGAAUCUGUGGGUGUAAAAUUACGCGUUUUCGUUGACGUUAUAUGAUUGUUCAGUUUUACGAGUGCUCGAAAGUUGUGUGGACAAAGAUUGUGAAAUGUGACCGUCUUGAUUUUGCUUGGUUCACUUCAUCUCCUUGUUGUUUUACUGUUACUCGUCGUGUCGGUACAAUGCUUACAUACAGAGGUUAACAGGCCAUCUUGUUCUAGCUUCA